AUGUCCGGCCCCGUGCCUCAGGCUCGGUCCUUGGCCGAAAUCUACCCCGAAGCGGCGCUCGAUGUUCAGAAAACGCGCUGGCAACAGCUGGUGUCGCGCUUCGAGUCGCUUUAUGGCCACCCACCCGCCUUCAUCGCCCGCUCGCCGGGUCGCGUCAACAUCAUCGGCGAGCACAUCGACUACAGCUUGUACUCGGUCCUGCCCAUGGCCAUCACUGCCGACUGCCUGAUCGCAGUAUCACCAACGGCGGCCGCCGGCAGCGACACAUACAAGGUGCGCCUGGCAAACGUCUCGGCGGACAAGUUCCCCGCGAAGGACCUCGAGCUUCCCGUCAAGGGUGAUGUCGAAAUCGACAGCACCAUCCACGAGUGGACCAACUACUUCAAGUGUGGCCUGAAGGGCGCCACGGAACUGCUGCGGAAGAAGCACGGCGAAGGCUUCGUGCCCACGGGGAUGGAGGUCCUGAUGGAUGGCACCGUUCCCGCCGGUGGUGGUCUCAGCUCCAGUGCUGCCUUUACCAGCACCACUGCUCUGGCUGUGAUGGUCGCCAAUGGCGAGAAGGACAUUGACAAAAAGGAGCUUACCGAAUUGGCUAUUGUCAGCGAGCGUGGUGUUGGUGUCAACUCUGGCGGUAUGGACCAAUCCGCCUCCGUCUUCUCCCAGCGCGGCUCUGCCCUCUUCGUCUCCUUCACCCCUACCCUGACCGCCAAGCCCGUCUCCUUCCCAACCACCAACCCGGAGCUAUGCUUCGUCAUCGCCCAGUCCUUUGUCACAGCCGACAAGUUCGUCACCGGCCCGAUCCACUACAACCUCCGCGUCGUCGAGUGCAGCCUGGCGGCCGCCUACCUCAACGCCGUCCUAAACACCCCAGGCCACACCUUGCCGACCGACUCGUCCCCGCUCGGCGUCUCCCUGCACGGCUUCCACGAGAGCUACUUUGCCCUCCGCGAGGCUGACGGCCAAAAGGUCCCCACCGCCGUCCCGGAGCAGCUCGCGCUGCUGCUGGCCCUGACCCGCGCUACCCUGACCAAGGAUGAGGGCUACACGCGCGAGGAGGUCGCGGCCGCGCUGGGCAUCACGAUCGACGAGCUCAACGCCCGCUUCACGUCGCGCUUCCCCGUGCGCGCCGAGAGGUUCAAGCUCCGCCAGCGCGCCGAGCACGUCUUCUCCGAGGCCCUGCGCGUCCUCGAGUUCAUGAGCCUGCUGCAGCAGGAACCUGCGGCUAGCAGCGGCGACACGGCCGUGUACAACGCCCUGCUCGGCGCCAAGCUCAACGAGACGCAGGACUCGUGCCGCGACCUGUACGAGUGCAGCUGUCCCGAGAUCGAUGCCAUCUGCGCCGUCGCCCGCCGCGCCGGUUCCUAUGGUAGCCGGCUCACGGGUGCCGGAUGGGGAGGGUGCAGUGUGCACCUCGUGCCGGCGGACAAGGUCGACGCCGUCAAGGAGGCGUGGGAGAAGGAGUACUACUCCAAGAUGGACCUCACGCCCGAGCAGCGGGAAGGUGCCGUCGUUGUUAGUCGGCCCGGGAGCGGAAGUGCGGUUUUCGUGGUCGGUGAGGGUAGUUUGAGCUGA